AUGCCUCGGAAGCUCCCGAAUCCCUUCUCGACAUCCGCCAUGCCAUCGUCUGAGAAGGUAGGCGAGCGCCGACCUUCUCAGUCGAAAGGAAACCGUCUCGCCGGCUUCUUCUCGUCCAAGUCAAAAGAGCAAGCGCUACACCACCAGGUGGCAUCGCCCAGGAUGUCGUCUCCCAGCCCCCUCCCGACCAUCUCAUUGUCGGCAGCCCACGGAGCCGAGCUCAACACGGACGAGACACCCACCACCCUCUUUGAGCCCCCUUCUGCCGACGAGGCGGAAAUGCAGGAGCGCCCAGGAUGCCCAUUUGGACGCCUCCUCGAUCCAAGCCACCUGAACAUCAGCGCCCAUCAAGGCAAACUCCUCGAGACGCUCAUCGAAGACGAGCCUCACUACUACUUUGUCCUUACCACAUAUAUCAGCUACCUGCUCCUGAUCUUCUUCGGCCACGCACGAGAUUUCUUCGGCAAGCGAUUUGGAGACAAGAAACAUUACCAGAGCCUCAAGGUUUUCAAUGGCUAUGCCCCGCUCAACGACGACUUUGACAACUUCUACGUUAGGAGGUUGAAGCUCCGCCUCGACGACUGCUUUGCAAGGCCCACUACCGGCGUGCCUGGCCGCUACAUUAACCUCAUCGACCGUAAAUCGGACGAUUUCAACCGUACCUACAAGUACACGGGCACCUACACCCAGACCCUGAACGUGAGCUCGUACAACUACCUGGGUUUCGCCAACUCGGAAGGCCCCUGCGCCGACGCCGUUGAGGAGUGCGUCCGCAAGACUGGUCUCAGCUUCGCCAGCCCGCGUGCUGAUUCUGGAACGUCGGAGUUGGCUCUGGAAGUCGAGCGUGAGGUUGCCCAGUUCGUCGGCAAGCCUGCCGCCAUGGUAUUUUCGAUGGGUUUUGUGACAAAUGCGGGCUCGUUCCCGGCGCUCGUCUCUAAGGGCUGCCUUAUUCUGUCGGACGAGCUCAACCACGCCUCAAUCCGCAUUGGUGCUCGUAUGUCCGGCGCGGUCAUUAGGUCGUUCAGCCACAACGAUAUGGGGGACUUGGAGAGGAAGCUGCGCGAGGCCAUCUCUCAGGGCCAGCCGCGCACCCACCGGCCGUGGAAGAAGAUUCUGGUCGCGGUCGAGGGCCUGUACUCCAUGGAGGGCACCAUGGUCGAUCUUCCCGGCGUCUUGGCCCUGAAGAAGAAGUACAAGUUCUUCUUGUAUGUGGACGAGGCCCACAGCAUUGGAGCGCUUGGGCCGAGGGGCCGCGGUGUUUGCGACUACUUCGGUAUCGACCCGGCUGAGGUUGACAUUCUCAUGGGAACCCUAACCAAGUCGUUCGGUGCCAACGGUGGUUACAUUGCCGGCGAGAAGAACAUUAUUGACGGGCUUCGGAUUGCCAACGCGGCCAGCCUUCUCGGGGAGUCAGCGACUCCUUCGGUCCUGAUGCAGAUUCUCACUUCGCUCAGGCUCAUCACCGGCGAGAUUGCACCCGGUCAAGGCGAGGAGCGCCUGCAACGCCUCGCCUUCAACUCGCGGUACCUGCGUCUUGGACUCAAGCGACUCGGUUUCAUCACGUACGGCCACGACGACUCACCCAUUAUUCCCAUCGUCCUGUACCACCCGGGCAAAAUGUCAGCUUUCAGCCACGAAAUGCUCAAGCGCAAGAUCUCGGUCGUUGUCGUCGGCUACCCGGCCACGCCGCUCAUCAGCUCGCGAGCCCGUUUCUGUAUCUCGUCAGCUCACAACAAGGAAGACAUGGACCGUAUCCUUGCCGCCUGCGACGAGGUCGGUGAUAUCCUGCAGCUCAAGUACUCCACCGGCAUUGCUGGCGGCCAAGAACCGCUGCCCGACGGCGUCACCCCUGAGAUGGAGCACGAGUGGCGCAAGGCGAACGGCCUUGAAGGUGUUGUCAAGGCACCUCGGUGGAAGCUGAAAGAUGUGAUUGAACGCGGUGUGCAGGAUGCCAAGGAGCAGCUUCGAUAA